AUGGGGGAGUAUGAGAAACUUCUAAAAAGAAGACCUGCUAUGUUUGAUGACCCUUCUUCUUCUGCAAGCACUGCCACUGCCACUACCACUGCCACUACCAACCUGAACAGUAAUAAUGGACCUGCCCCAAUGGAAUUUAUUCUUGAAAACCCUCAGGACACAUAUGGCCAUGAAAUCUCUGACAAAGACGAAUAUAAUGACUAUGAUGAGACCACUGACGACGAAGACACAGACACCAGAGUAGAAUAUGAUAGCCAGGAUCAUAUUGCUAGAGUGGCAGCAGAAAUGAGAACCUUCCAAUCUCUUUCUCAUGCCAUGAAUGCCUACUCGAACGAAGACAGCAGCAGACAGACAUUGUACCGGCCCAAUGACUUUGCUGACAUUUUUACUGGACCCACCCAUCCAUUUAAAUCGAAAGUAGAGUUUAUCUUACAUGCUCUCUUCUAUGGCGAUGAAGAUCUUGCCUCAGAAAGAUCUAUCAAGAAGAUCAUGUUUGCCAUGAAGAUGGUCUUGGACGUCCAUGAAGAAUCUGGAGUAGCACUGGAUUUUCUGACACCAAAUGCUGUGAUUAACUAUCACAAGCAGAAAAAGAACCAGAUCCCUGUUUUUCCUACUGCCAGUUUUGAUGUUGUGAACCAAGACAAUGAACGACAUGUACUUUGGAUAAACAAACUGUCUGAUUACAUCAAGUUUACCAUGACAUGCCCCGGAAAAUCAUCUCAAAUCUCGGCCCUUCCUGACUUCACAGAAAACCAGCGAAAAGUGGAAGGAGAACCCAUUGCUCCAGCACCCAAUGAUCACUUCAAACGGAAUGGACUACUGGGCUCCCCAAACCAGUAUCUCCUUGAGAAGUUCUUCACCAAGGACGGAUCCAUACUUGCCAAUGCAUUCCAGGUUUAUGGUGGCCACAAUCCUCAGCUGAACCAUCCUGAUGAUACUCACUUCCUGCGGUUUGGAAACUCUACGAACUUUGCUGUCUCUACCCUGAAGUAUACCAUUGAAGUUGAUAGGAUUAUGUCUACUGUUCAAAAAGACAGUGAUCUUUUCCUCAGAGCUGGUUUCUCUGUUUCUUAUUGCCCUGCCAAAAUUGUCACCUAUGCUCUUACUGGUGUUCAAUCUGACUUGUGUCUCAACAAAUCCCAUGUUGAAGAAUUCAAGAGAAGACUUCCAGGCUCUGGUUUGAUGAAAGUGGUUGUCUGCCCACUUAAUCUUUAUUCCAAAAAUACCUCCAGUAAUUCAACAAAGCAGUACAACAAGUAUGAAAGUUACUUAAUGUACUUUGCUGCAUUGCCACUUGAGACGAGAAACAAACAAGAAAAUACUCUUUUCAUUUGUACCUCGAAUCAUACACUGAAUGCCGUUGAGAUGUUGCCCCCUAUUGUCGAUGACCUCGUUAGGCUGGAGAAAGGUAUUGAGAUGUAUUCUGAGGAUCAUGGUGAAGUAGUUCUUGUUGUUGUGCCCCUGUUGCUCUUUAUGGGUGACAACCCUUGUCAAUCUCAGCUUGCCAUGCAUAAGGGAACAUCUGCCAAGAAGUUUUGCCAAAAAUGUCUCAUACCUUCGCCUUGUAUUGAACAGGGUUCCAUCCCUGAUGCUCUGCCGUAUUCUCCAGUUGACCACCAUGGGUAA